AUGCCCAAGGUCCUGAUUGCCGACAAGCUCAGCCCGCUCGCCGUCGAGGUCUUCAAACAACGUGGCCUCGAGGUGGACUUCGAGACCUCUCUCAGCCCGGAGGAGCUGACGGCGCGGGCCGGCGACUACGACGGCAUCGCCGGCAUCGUGGUGAUGAACACCCCCUACGGCAAUGCGACCACCACGGCGGAGCACACGAUUGCCCUGAUCUUCGCGCUGGCGCGGCAGAUCCCUACGGCCGACGCCUCGACCCAGGCCGGGAAGUGGGAGAAGUCCCGCUUCAUGGGCACUGAGCUGACCGGCAAGACGCUCGGUUUGAUCGGCUGCGGCAACAUCGGCUCGAUCGUCGCGGAGCGGGCGCUGGGCCUGCGCAUGAAGGUGGUGGCCUACGACCCCUUCCUGUCGAAGGAUCGGGCGGUCGACCUGGGCGUCGAAAAGGUGGAGCUGGACGAGCUGCUGCCCCGUGCCGAUGUGAUCACCCUGCAUGUCCCGAUGAACGAUCAGACGCGCGGAAUCAUCGACGCGGCGGCCGACCUGAAGGCGGCGCUCGAAUCCGGUCAGGUGGCCGGGGCCGCGCUCGACGUCUUCGAGAUCGAGCCGGCCAAGGAGAACGCCUUGUUCGGCCUGCCGAAUCUGGUCUGCACCCCGCAUCUCGGCGCCUCCACCACGGAAGCGCAAGAGAACGUGGCCGUGCAGAUCGCCGAGCAGAUGAGCGACUACCUGCUCAACGGUGCCGUGACCAACGCCAUCAAUAUGCCGUCCCUGACGGCCGAGGACGCCAAGCGGCUCGGCCCCUACAUGAGACUGGCUGAGGAUCUCGGGUCCUUCGCCGGUCAGCUGACGCGCACCGGCCUGCAGGCCGUCACCAUCGAGUACGAAGGGCACGUCGCCGAACUCAACACCCGUCCGCUGACCCAGGCGGCCUUGACCGGGCUGCUGCGGCCGAUGCUCGACUCCGUCAACAUGGUCAACGCGCCGGUGCUGGCUCGUCAGCGCGAUAUCGAGCUGC